AUUGAUUACACAGACUACUCAUACGCUUCGCAGAGACGAGACAAGACGAGCAUUUGUGGUUAAAAAGUAUAUAAAUUGUCAAUUUGUUUCGAAAACAACCGAUCGUUUUGAUAGAUAAGACCCUUCUUCCUUGGCUGGGAUCAUUUAGAGCCAUUUGAAGCUGCAUUUACACUGCAUUUUAAAAAGUUCAAAGUUUGGGGCACUAUUGAAUUCCACUAUAUUGAGAACAAUCCUAAAAGGUUUUCCUCAAGAAAAUUAAUUUCAUAUCGACUGAGGAAAGAAAGACAUGAAUAUCUUGGAUGACAAGGGGGUGAGGAAGUGGAAGUGUGUUGUGGAAGUGAACUUCUCCUUUAAGGCAACAUCCAAUGACAGAGACCACUGGGAUCAAGUUAGCCCAGUGAAUGGAGAGAAGUAUUUCUCAGGUCCAGAUGGAGGAGUAAAAGUACCUCAGACAGGGGGCAGAACUCCAGUCAGACCCAGAUGGGAGCAGAAUUUUGGACGUCCAGUCUUUCCAGAUCCAGUGGGCCCAUUGUAUCCAGAUGGACGUGAGCAACACGCACAAGAUCCAUCUAACAGCUCUCCAUUUGGACAACAACCUGCAUUCCCUGGUCAAAAUAAAGGAGACAGGAGGAGCGAACAAUGGCGAAAAGAUGGAAAACCACAGAGGAUUGGUAGAGCUGGUAGACCAUUGUACAAACUGGAUAGAAUGCCAACACACCCAACCCAGGAUCCAGUAGAUGGGGUUAGAGAGAAUCAAAUGAAUCCAGUCUUUGGAAAACCCCUGAGUCCCAACAUGAUUGACAACAGGCAGUUCAUACCAAUCUUCAAAGCUGACAAUGUCACUUUGCAGAAUAUUAGUGCUUUCCAUCUAAAGGAGGGAGAGAAUGUGUUCCUCCUACCAAAAAGCAAAAGCCAGAUGCAGCCACCAAAAAAGGCUGGAGUGAAUAGGCCUCAGGAACUGGGGUAUGGUUUCUCCACCUUUGGCCCUCAGCCUUAUGUGAAGCUCAUCUUCAACCCAAACGCAACGCCAAGAAUCUCAUUUGAAUAUGGCAUCACACAGCUUCUCCCUGCAUUCAUGAAGGCGGAGUGAUCAUGGAACAAACUGGGAAAGAGCCAUGCACAAUAAUCACACUGGUGAACAUCCAGCUAUUACAUAAUUCAGCAAUAGAAGUUAAACGCAUAACAUAGAUAUUAUUGUUAUUAUUUUAUUGUUAGUUCAUGUAGAUUUAUGGUUGUUCGCUCUUAGUUUGCUGAAUUUUCUUCUUUAAUCAUUACUGUUGAGAAUCUGUUCAAUAAAUA